CUGCUGUUCCCAGACGGGGCCAACUUCACUUCCAUGGAUGGGGAAGCCCAGGGCCAGGGUGAGGCUGAAGUCAAAGACUCCGUGUCCCUGAAAAAAGCAAUUGCCACUCUGAAGAUCUACAACAGGUCCCUGGAGGAAGAGUUUGACCACUUUGAAGACUGGCUGAAUGUGUUUCCCCUGUAUCGAGGGCAAGGGGGUCAGGAUGGAGAUGGAGAGGAAGAAGGUUCUGGGCACCUUGUGGGCAAGUUUAAGGGCUCCUUCCUCAUUUAUCCUGAAUCAGAGGCAAUGCCAUUUUUUGAGCCCAAAAUCUCCCGGGGAAUCCCACAAAACCGGCCCAUCAAGCUCUUGGUCAGAGUAUAUGUCGUAAAGGUGAGCACUCAUCACCCCAGCAUGCCUCCAGCAAAGGCAACAUACAUGAAACCUAUAGACUGAAGGAUUUGGAGGAACCUUAGGCAUCAGCACCCACCUUCUUUAUUCUCAGGUGGGAAAUUUUAGGCACAAAGUUAUGAGACUCCCCAGGGUUACGGCAGCACCAGAAUUUAGAGCUGAGGUCCUCUGA